AUGAGAAAAAAUCGUAAAUUAGUUGAACAAGCAAAAACGUUUUCUUCAUCUGAUCUUUAUGAUUUCAUUGUUCAGUCGAAUGCAACUCAACAAAAUGAUUACCAAAUUAAAAUUUAUCAUCCUGUUGAAUUAUCGAAUGAAUAUCGAAAACAAAUUAUUGAAUUAUUUGAAGUUAACAUGAAAACUUUAUACGAACAAUCAAGUGUUGGCUAUGAUUUUGUUGGAAAACAAGAAGAAUUAUUUUCUGAUCAAUCAAGAUUUUUACUUAUACUAUCGUCAUCAACAAAAGGUCUAUUGGCUUUUACGCAUUUCCGUUUUGAUAUGGAUUAUCAGAGUCACGUUUUAUAUGUAUAUGAAUUACAAGUAAAUAGAAAUGUUCAAGGACAAGGUCUUGGUCAAUUAAUGAUUGAACAAAUGAAAAUACUCUGUCGAAAAGCAAGAAUGUCAAAAAUUGUAUUAACCGUUCAUAAGGUUAAUAAGAAAGCCAUUAAGUUUUAUAUGGAAAAAUGUCAAUUUGAAAUCGAUAUUACAGAUCCCAGUGAUGAACCUGUUGAUUAUCUUAUUCUUUCUUUUACUGUAUAA